ACUUUGUUCUAAUUAGAGAGACUAUUUUCAUAUUACAGGCUUCAGUGUCGCUGUAGGGAGCGGCGCCCGAAGCGGGUUUCCCAGAGGGAAACAUCGCUGGGCGCCGUGCUGACCAAUACUUGCAAGGUUGCUUUGUAUACAUUAACGAGUAUUGUAAAGAUGGCGGGCCCAGACUAAGUCCAAUUUGGUGAACCUGAGAAUGGCAAACGCGCCAGGCUUUCCCUGGCUGCCAAGCAGCCCACCCACGUAUCACAAUCCAUUCAGACACAACAUUAGUGAAUUCCUCAAGUCUUAUGGGAGUCUGGUUCCGGUCAAGCUGCAGCUGACCACGGCAUGGAUAGUCCCCCUCAGCCACAAGGAAGGGACCGUCAAGCUGCACGUCUAUGAGGAGCACCUUGACGAGGCCUCUGGGGCGCCCUCGAUAUGCGACCAGUGCCGCAACAUGGGCUGGCAGCACCACCCGGUUUCGGAGCGGCGCUACCACUUCAUCCUGCCCAGCCCUGCCGUACUGUCCGACCCAGAUCAGCUGCCUUCGCUGGUGGAGGCGGCAGCAGCGGGCCGAGUGGACCCUUCAACCGCCACCGUCAGCAACCUCGCAGUCGAGGUGUACGACAGCGACCCACGGGACAGCGCCUUCAACGCGCCCGCCUCCAUCUUCGACUCCACCACUCACUGCCUGCACGGCGUCAUUCACUCCAAUGGCUUCGGCCACUUGCUGCGGAUGAACGGUCGCGACGGCGCCGCCGCCACGGCGGCGGCGAUGGCGGCGGCGCAGGACGAGUCGGCGGACGGCGACGCAGCCGCGGCGGCGGCGGCAGCGAGUGCGGGGCCGUCACUGGCGGGCCCGGAGCUGAUGGGGCUUUGGGAUGCGCUGUGUGCUACGUUGAGGGCGCGGGAGGUCAGUGUGGAGGACGUGAGCAACAAGGCCUCCAUGCUGCUGCGCCUGCUGUACGCAGCAGCGCAUGCACGUACCUGGUACGGCAAGUGGGGGUACGGCUUCGGUCGCGGCGCGUUUAACUACGGUGCGGAAGAGUAUGCGGCGGCGGUGCGGGCGGUGCACCUGGCGCCCGUGGCGGGACUGGUGCAGGACAUGGAGGGUGCGGACCCCAUUGCCGCCAAGAUCCUGCGCACCUACUGGGCCCUGCCGCCCUCCCUGCCGUCCGACGUCACCUUUGGUCAGCUCCUGAAGCGCAUGCUGUUCUUCAUCUCCCGGCCCGACCUCCUCAAAGAAGCACGGGUGCAGUACAUUGCGGCAUCCAGAGCGGCGGCCGGCAGGGGCGGCGGCGGCGCAUCAGCAGCAGCAGCAGCCGACGGCAGUGGCGGCGGCGGCGGUCUGCCACCCCUGCCAGCGGCCGGUGGUGGAUUCGGGCGGAAGACGCCCAAGGGGGGCAAGUCGGCUUUGCAGGGUGGUAGCCUGCCCCCGGCGAAGCGAGGGCGGAAGUCCUCCUCGGCUGCUGAGGAGACUGCGGUGGGCGCAACGGGGGGUGCUGAUGGUGCGGGGACGCCUGCGCUGCAGUCGCCGGCGGGUGCCGUACCAUCCACAGGGUUGCCACCGGCGGUGCUUGCAGGGCCCUCGCCCUCGCUUCCGGCCACAGACGCAAUGGAGACCACCACUUCCUUGACAGGGCAGUCGCCGGCGGCGUCGUUGCAGUUACCGCCCCCUUCAGUUCCCGCACCGUCGCCAUGUCUGUCCCCAUGGCCUGGCGGAGGAACCGCUGUCGGCAGCGGGGGCGGUGAUUGCGCCUCCGCUGCUGCCGGUUUCGGUACUUCUGCAGCAGCCCCCUGCGUUGGCUAUCAGGGUCUACCUUCGCCGCCGCCUCCGCCGCUAGCGCCGUUGCAGAGCCCCGGCUGGACCCCCAUGUUUACCCCGGCAGCGGCAGCGGCGGCAGCAGCAGCGGCGCCUCCUCCGGCGGUGGCAACAGGAGGGACUGCUCUUUGCGGUGGCACCGCUCCCGCAUUCACAACCUCGGUAGGAAGCACCGCCGCUGCUCCUACAGGGACCACCCCUGCUGCUGCUGUGAGACCCGCCGCAGGUCCCGCCGCCGGCGUGCCCUCGGCAUCCAUUGCAGCAAUGGCGGCUGCUGCUGCUGCUGCGGCCCUGGCAGCUGUGGCGGCGCAGGCCGCUGCGGCGGCGGCGGGCAGGGGUCCGGCGACAAAGCCAGGCGUGGGUUUCACACCGCGGGUCUCGCCGCUUCCCAGCAGCACGCCUCACACGUCGGGCUUGUUCCACCAGUCUGUGUCAUCGCCUCUGUUGCCACAGCAGCAGCCUUUGUCGCUCCCGCCGCCGUUGGUACAGCCAUUGCAACAGCAGCAGCAGCAGCGGCAGCGGCCACCGCAUCAGCAGCAACAAGGGGAGGUGACACUGGGGCCGCAGCAGCAAGCCCUGCCUGUGCCUGUGCUGUUACCGCAGCCCCAACUGCCCUCGUCAGGCGUUCCUCCCUUGUUCCCUUCGCAGCAGCAACAGCAGCAACAACAACACGAACAAGGCUGGCAGCAACUGCAAGCACAGCAAUGGCAGCAGGCGCCCCAGCAGCAGCAGCAGCAAAGCCCCUGGAUACCACAGCCACUACAACAGCAGCAGCAGGCGCCGUUCUUUGAGCAGCCACAGCAGCAACAACCUCCGCUGCUGCUGCCGCCCCAGUGGCAACAACUGCAGCAGCAACAGCAGGUGUCAUCAGGGGAGCCCUUCCUGCAGUCUCCGUCGCAACAACCAUCCAUCCACAACCAACAGACCCACCGGUCGCAGCAGCAGCAACAACACCUGCUGCCACAGUUGCAGCAGCCACACCAACCCCAGUUACAGCAGCCGCUACCUCCACAGUUGCAGUCGCUUCCUCCUCCACAGCAGCAACAACCACAGCAGCAGCAGGACCCCGCCCAGUCUCACCAGCAGCAGCAGCAGCUCACGAGCACCAACCUCUUGCCGCCGCCCUUGCCGCUGCAGCUGUCUCCCCAGCAGCUGCCGCCACCGCCACAGCUGGUGCUGCAACCGCCCCAGCCGCCGUCCUCGCAGCCGCAACCACAGCAGCAGCAACUGGCUGCAUACCCAGCUCAACAGCAACAACCUCAACAGCAGCAGCUACAAGUGCCCGUGUCGACAUCACAGUUCGGGUCGCCGGGACUGCAUGCGGGGUACCCACAGCUGCCCAAUGGCUUCGUGCCCUUGGCGCCCUCGCUGCCGCCGGCACCGCAAUGGGCAAUGCCCGCGGGCCUUACGGGGGCUCCAGCCCCAGUCUUGCAGCCCCCACAGCAACCUCAGACGCAGCAGCAGCACCAGCUGACGUUGCUACCACCAUCCCCGGGCUUGCUCCACCACCCACAGCAGCAAGAACCGCAGCAGCAGCAGCAGGCUUGGGUUCCCCUGCAACCACAGCAGCUGCAGCCUUCCGUGCCGCAGGUUGGGCCGCAGGGAAACCAGCAGCAGUGGGGACAGCAGCAACAGCAGCAGCAGCAAUCUCCACAGCUUCCUUUGCAGGGGCCGACGCCGCAGUUGCAGCCACAGCAGCAGCAGCUACAGCAGUGGGACCGGCCGCCGUCUGGACUGCAGCCGCUGCUAACGCUGCCACCACAGCAACUGCAGGAGCUACAGCCGCCACAGCAGCAGCCGCCACCGCCCCAAACUCCUUCCGAUGCUACUGCAGCUGCCGCCGCUGUCGUACAGCCGCUAUCAGCGGAUGCCCUCGCGGCGCUGGAGCAGCUCACGUUGUUCGUACAGGGCUUACCGUUGCCGCUGCAGGAGCUGCUACCGCAGGAGCAGCCACAAGGGCAGCAGCAGGCGCACGAGUCGCUGCAGCAGCUGCAGCAGCAGCAGCAGGCGCCACCGCAGCAGCUGGUGUUACAGGGUUCGCAGGAGCUAGGACAGGCGCAGCAGCAGACGUCGCAGGAAUCGCUACAACAGCAGCUGCAGCAGGACCUGCAGCCGCCGAUGCAGCAGCAGCGACCCCCACCACCGCAGCAAUCCCCUGUUCAAGGGGCACAGCCGCCGCCGCAGCAGCAAGGGCCAGCGCUGCAAUCCUCCGCCCACAUGCCUCCGCAGCAGCCUUCUGGUGUCCCAGUUCCAUGUCCUCUCCUGAGCCCUGCCCCUGCAAGUGCAACACCACCGGUGCACGAAGGCAUGGACUUGGAUGCUCCUUCGCCGGCGCUACAGCAGCAGCAGCAACCUCCACUGCAUCAUCAGCAGCAGCAGCACCAAUUGCAACCACCUCAGCACCAGCAACACCUGCAGACGACCUCCAUGCAGACCCCCUCCUCAUCCUCCUGCUUGUCAUGGCCCUACAGCCAUCCGCAGCAACAGCAGCCUCAUGCGCCCUCCUGCCAGCCGCAGCCUCAGCCCGACCCGCAGCCGCAGCUAAGUGCCUUUUGCUCAGGAGGCCUAGCAGGCCCCUCGCAUGCACCACAGCUGCCUGACCAGCCGCUCUCGCUCGCACCGCCGCUGCCCCCUCAACAUCUUUAUCCACAUCUACAUGAGCAACAGCUGCAACAACAACAACAACAGCAAACACAGGCAGCCGCGGCGGCCCAACAGCAACCCCAGCAUGCUCAGCAGCCGACCCCAGUCCAGGAUGCAGCGGUCACGGACCCUGGGGCGGUGCGACAGCAGCUACAGCCCCAGCAGCUGCUAGCGACUGGCGCAUGCGGGCAGCAGGGUGAGGGAAUGCAGCCUGAAAACGGUGCGCAUGCGGAUGCUUCUGCUGCUCCUUCGGCUGUAACAGCUGAGGCGUUAGGGGCGGUGGCCAUGGGGGCAGCUGCAGUGGCAGGGGAAGAGCAGCAGCUGCAGCUGCAGGGUGCGGUAGUGGAGCAGCUGCCAGCGCAGGAGCAGCAGCUGCUCCGUGCGGCGAGUGGCGAGGCGGCAGCGGACAUGGCGGAUCCGGGCGGGGUAAUGGAACCGCAGGAGGUGGGUGGUUCCGAAGCUGUUGGGGAUGUCCCUGGGUUGGGAGCGGCACCAGCGCCGGCGGUGGUUGACUCCCUUCCGCAGGUGGCGUCGGCAGGAUCUGCUGCGGUUUUGCCUGUGACUGAGGAGGAGGCUGUUGGGACGCUAGCAGCAGCAGCGGCAGCAGCAGUGAUGGGGCAUGCGAUGGAGGCUGAGGCUGGCAAGUCGACGGCUGCCGCAUGUGGGGGCGAUGUGACAUGCAUGGAGGUGGACAGCGGUAGCGGUGGUUUAGCAAUGUCGGUGGAGGAGAAGGUGACGGCCUGCAAUGCUGCUGCUAUUGCUGGUGCUGCUGACGGUGCUUCUACACCUUCAGCAGCUGCGGCCACUGCCACGGAAGCUGCUGCUGCUGCGGCUGAUGUUCCAGAUGCUUCUGCAGCACCAGUAGUAGCUGUUAACCAUGAUGCAGCAGCUCCUGCGGCUGUAGCAGCGGCCCCUGGCGACUACGACACACCAGCAACAGCUGCUACAGCUGACACGACUGCUAAGGAGCCGACGGUGGUAGCAGGGCAGGAACCGGUGGCGGACGUGAUGGCUAUUGACUCUCCGCUCGACAAAGGCACGGCGCUUGCUGACGCCACCGCUGGCGCUGCCCUUGCCGGCGCUACCGCACCCGCCGAUGUAGCGGCGUUAGCACCUGCUGAUGCGGAUGCGGAUGCUGAUGCUGAUGCUGAUGCUGGGGCCAUGGCGGACGCAGGCCUCCCGAGCAGCGCAGCAGCUCCCAUGGACGUUACGACAGGAAGGCUGAGCCCCACCGCAGAACAUGAGCCUUCCCCCAUGCCGCCCACAGCAACGCUGACGGCAACAACAAAGGAGGCAGCGCAGAACGGCGGCAUUGAGAUUCCUUCUCAGCCUGGAGGAGGUCCCGAUGCAGUACAACAGGCGGUGUCGUACAGUACGGAUACGACGCUGCCUCCCGCCGGACCAUCAGAGGAUGUACGGCUUCCAGUGGAAUCCAUCAUGUCCCAGACUUGUGUUCAGGCGCUGACCGGGCCCGACGGCCGGGAUUCCGCGAUGUCCGGUGAUGGUAACGCAGGGUUAGCGACGUCGUCAGCGUCGGCGCCGCCGCAGCCCGCGGCAACGGUAACGGCAACGGCAGCAACAGUGGCGUCACCGACGGCGCCGUCGUCGUCGUCCCAGCGCUCUCAGGCGUCCACCCCGACGCAUUCCAGGAACAGUAUUGGGGCGACGCUGUUGGGCUUGCCGUACAGUGACAGCGAACCGGAGGAGGAGGAGGAGGACGACAGCGCUGUCGCUGCGGGUACUGCACCUGCCGUACAUGUGGCUGCGCAGCCUCCGCCGCCGGAGCCGGCGCCGUCAAGGGAGGUGUCCGGGAAGUCGAUGCCAGCGGAGAUGGCAGCAGCGCAUGGGGCGGCUGCGGCAGCUGUCACACAAGCUGCGGCAGUGAUACCACCUACGAGUGAAGAAGCGAACCCCGCAGCGGCAGCGGAGGCGCCUUCAGCGUCGCCGCCAGCGACGGAUGUUCCGCCGACGACGGAGGCGGGCGCUGCGGUGGUGGAGGCGGAUGCGUCGGCAGAUGCGGCAGCGGCUGCGCCUGCUGCGGAGGCGCCUGCUGCGGAGGCGUGCCAUGCAGUGAUCGCUGCUCAUGCUCCGACGACGGUCUUCGCAACAGAGGAGGCGCCGGUGCUGCCGACGGCUGCGGUGGAAGCGGCUCCAGCCGGGGAGUCGAGCCCUGCAGUGAAGGCGAGCCCUGCAGUGGAGGGGAGCCCUGCCCCAGCGGUGGCUGGGGGUCCUGUAGCGGAGGCGGCGGCUCCCGCUGCGGAAGCAGAGGCGCCGGCAGCGGAGGCGGCGGAGGUGGCUGCCGACGCCACGGACCCCACUGCUGAUAACGGCACGGCUGCUGCUGCUGGUCCCGAAAGAGCCGAUGCCGCGGACGCCACUGCUUCCGACGCCGCUGCCCCCAAGCCUAUCGCCGCCGGCGCUGCUAGCAAGGGCGCUGCUAGAGACGUUCCUGCCGACACAGCAGCUGCUGCUGCUGCUACGGAGGAUGGCAACAACACCCACGGCGCUACUGACGUUGACCCUGCUGCUGCUAGUAAAGGAAAGUCUGACGGUGCUGCUGCUGCCGCUGAUGGUUCUGUUGGCGCUGCUGCCCAGGCCGGCGCAAAGGAGGCCGCUGCCCCCGUGGUUGCACGCGACGGCGUUGUAGAGGGUCCGUUGCCUGGCCACGUCGCCGCCGCGGCCGCCCCCGACGCUGCUGUUGCUGCCGGCGGCACCGAGAAGGCCCCCGCGGUGGAGGCUGCUGCCGCUGGGGGCGUCGUUGCCGCUGGAGCGAACGCCGAGGCUGUGAAGGGCGACGUAGGCAGCGAUGCUGAACUCAAUGGAACGCCUGGUGGCGGCGGUGGUCGCGCUCGGAGCGGCGGCAAGGCGAGCUCGGGGGCGCACAUCGGGCCCGCGCCGGACGACUUGCCCCGGGAGCCGGUCUCAGCGCUGCGGGAGCUGCAUGCGGUCCCCGAACACGACAUGCACCUCCGUGACUGCCAGCGCGCCAUGGAUGCCAUGCUGGAGGCGCUGCAGUCGCACUGCAUGCGGCAGUGGCUGGCCCGGCUGCAGCUGCGUGACGUCAUGAUGGAGACCUACCGGGACUACAAGCUACUUGACUGGGUGCUGAAGCAGGUUGCCAAUGUCCGUAUCGGUGGCUAUGCGGUUUACCGCUCCAAGUAUACGGUAACCCGAUCUUACUACUACCGCUUGGAACGCCUCCCCGGCACGCCCCCGGACGCCCCCCUGUCGUACACCGUGCCCGUGCCGGCGCAUGGGCCUUACGCGCGCAAGGGCAACCGCCUAAUUAAGCCACGUCAGGCGCGCAACCAAACGCGGCCGGCAGCAACAGUGGCGGCGGCGGCAGCAGAGCCUGAGCGGCAGCAGCAGCAGCAGCCUACAUUACCGCCUGCAACGGCGGCGGCUGCGCAGGUUGCGGACGGGGCUGCUAGCGGCGGUGGCCACGGCGCUGUCGGCGGCGCCGCAAUGUCUGAUGGCCAGGACGUUGUCGUUGCUGCCACUGAGCAACGGCUGCAGCAGUUGCCGCGGAAGGCCGAAGAAGCCUCGGCUGCCGCCGCUACCUCUCCAGCAGCUGCGGAGGCAGCGGGGGCUGAUGCCGUCAACGCAGCGGCGGGCGGUGACGGAAAGGAGGCCGAAGACGCGCCGACGGCGACGGCGACGGCAGCAGAGGGAGCGUCGAACAAGCCUUUGGAAGCAGAGUCGCCAGCGCCGGCGGCGACGGCCGACGAGACGGUUGCCGUUGCCGUACAAAAUACAGCUGUUGGCCAGCCAGUGAAGCAAGAGGAGACGGAAGCGGAGGUCCGAGAACUAACGCUGGUGGAGGAGGCAGCAGCAGCAGCAACUGCGGCGGCGGCAAUGGACGAGCGGCGGCGCAGCGGCGCAUCCGCUGGUCCGCGAACCGGUGCCGUACAAGCCAGCGGCGGCAGUGGCGGUGGCGGCGGCGCCAUUGCGCGUGCAUCCGCAGCCGCCGCGAGCGGGGGCGGAAAAGUGGCAAAGGCUGGUCCUCAGCACCCUCCUCCUGCGGCCAGCAAGGGCCCGACGGGGCGCAAGGUGUCAUCAACAGCUGCUGCGGCGGCGGCAGCGGUACGCUCGCCUGUCAAGCUCCGCAGCAAAAGCAGGAACCCUGCUUCCGCCGCCGCCGCCUCCUCCUCCGGUGCAUCCGCGUCAGCAGCCAGUGCGGCUCCUCAUGCAGCUAAACAUGAUGCCAAGAAGCCGCACGAUGACGUCCCUCGCAAUGCUUGUAGCGCCGGCGGCGACGCCGCUGCUGUCGCUCCUUCUCAACGGCCAUCCGGCGGGGCCGCUUCCGCCGCCGCCGCCGCUGGCGGCGGCAGCGGCACCGGCCACAGCGGCGGAACAACCUCCUUGUGGCGCGGACUCGCGAAGGAACACCAAUCGGA